AUGGCCUAUCCCGGAUCGCUUUCACCAGACGCCUUGCAAGCAAUCUUCGAAUCCCUCGAAUCAGGACGAGUGGCUAUAUCAGCAGGUUAUGCAGCGGCAGCCCUGGUCUUAUACGACUUCUUCCUGACCUUUUCCGCGGAGUUGAAUCGGAUGUGGUUCUUGAAGAAGAAGAACUUAGUCUUUGGGCUGUUCAUAGUGCUUCGAUACUCGACGAUCUUCUACCAGGUUACCUUCAGCAUGGCGUUUUUCCUUCCCAUCCGUUCCAACAAGUUGCGCGGCCAUCAUAUACGUGGAACAAGUGAUGUUUAUCUUUUCAUCCGCGACGCUUUCCGCUAUCUUCACAUUGCGGACCUUCGCCAUCUACCGGCUUUUCAUAAGCGCUGUCGACUUCUUUGUUUCAGCAAAAGUCGCGGCUCAGUCCCCUCAAUUUCGACAGUUUGGAAGCUGCAGUCAGAAUUUUGCGGGAAAUUUUGCAGUAUGGAACACUGCGUCCGCCGCCCUCGCCUUCGCCUUCGACACGAUCGUGGUCACUCUGACAGUGCUCAAAACGGCACGAACAUGGAUGCAGACCAAGGAGGCGGGGAUGAAAAACUCGUACAGCUACUACUUCUUACGAGACGGUUUACUGUAUUACUUCGGAGUCGAGUUCCUACUACUGUUCACGGUCAUAUUCAAUCAGAUCCCCGCUCUUUCUAUCAGGGUGGCAAGAGUAAUGAUCAUUUUACAAACCUCGUGGGGCCCUUUCUAUUCAGUGCAAUGCUUAUUGUAUGGCUCGAAACUGAACAAAAUCUGUUCGCCAGGGUGGCGCCAAUCCUCGCUCAGCGACUUGUGCUCAAUCUACUUUCUGUCGACAAAAUUCUAAAUCCCACUCUUCAAGACCAGACUUCCCUGCAGACGAUGGACUUUGCCCUUGGAUCAAUUAUCGGAAACAUUGGCGCUCCCUUGGAGAUUGACUGGGAAGAGGAUUCGGAAGGAACUGAAGGAGAUCGGGAAUCCCCGAAAGCUGAGGAACAGCCUCCUUACGAAAGCGAUCUUGAAGGGAUUCAGAUGGUGAAUAUUGGUGAUUUGAGCUAUACCGGUAAAAAAGAACCUGGUGGUAGCACGAGUGGUACUGUUAUUAGGUAUGUAGUGUAA